AUGUCGUUGCGCCCCUCCAACCUGCUAAUGCUUUGUUGCUUGUUGUCAAUCAGCCGUCCCCGCUCCUCUGCAGGAUCUAUUCCUGAACAACCUCGUCGCUCUGAAAGUGGCUCCUCUGUGAGUACAUACGUGAUUCUCGACUUUCCAUACGGAAGAGAAGCUCACACCGGUUUGACGCACAAAUGCAUCCAGCGUCCGCCCUCUACCUACGCCAAUACUCAUGCGGUCAGCAUCGGGGAUGACCCACCUGCGGUAAGUAUCUCCUUGCCAAGGUCCUUUGUCACAAAGACUCAUCAAUGAUCUCUGAUUGUGCACAGGACACGACCACUCCCAUCAACUGGGAGCUGAACAGCAUGAAGGAGCGCCUUGCACGCGUCGAGGUCCACGUUAGCACCAUCUCUCUCACCAAGCGUGCAGUGGAGCACAAAAAGAAGUCCAAGCAACUGGAAAGCAAAUUGCAAGACCUUGAGCGCUGCGCCGCCACUGUGGACUUGCCCACCCUCACAUUGUGCCUUGAGCGUCUUGAGCUCACGGUCCAACAGCAGAAGACAAAAGUUAAUAUGUUGAUUGCCGCAAUGGCAAUCAACCUCGCCAUCCUGCUGGGUCUCGUGCUUCGCGCUCAUUGA